AUGUCCCGUGCUUCUAUUGGUGAUUAUGUCGUAACUAGUAAACUCGGUAGUGGGUCUUUUGCUGUCGUAUACAAAGGAUAUCACAAAACAAGUAAACUUCCAGUGGCGAUUAAAGCCCUGUCGCUACACAAGCUCAAUCGCAAAUUACUGGACAAUUUAGAAAUGGAAAUUGCAAUUUUACGUCAAAUUGAUCACCCAAAUGUCGUGAAAUUAUAUGAAAUCAAAAAAACCGACAAACAUAUGUAUUUGAUGCUGGAAUACUGUGCAGGUGGAGAUUUACAACAAUUUGUACGACGACAAGAACAAAAACAAGGACACAAAGUUGUCUCGGAAGACGUGGCACGUCAUUUUCUACAUGAAUUAGCCAAAGGAAUGCAAUGUCUAUGGGAACGAAAUCUUAUUCAUCGUGAUCUCAAGCCACAGAAUUUAUUACUUGUUGAAGAUUCAGCUACCUCGGUCCUUAAAAUUGCGGACUUUGGGUUUGCACGACAUUUAGCGACAACAUCCAUGGCAGAGACGUUGUGUGGUUCCCCAUUAUACAUGGCUCCUGAGAUAUUAAAAUUUCAAAAGUACGACGCCAAGGCCGAUCUUUGGUCCGUCGGGACGAUUUUAUUCGAGAUUUUGGCUGGACGUCCACCUUAUGGUGGAGCAAAUCAUGUUCAAUUGCUAGCAAAUAUUGAGCGGCAACCGCUACGCUUUCCACCGACCCUUGAGCUUUCAAAACCUUGUCGUCAAUUGCUGGUAGCUUUGCUGCAACAGAAACCGGCACUUCGUCUUGGAUUUGAUGAAUUUUUUGCUGACCCGUUUGUAGAUUUGCAACCAUUACCGGAACAAGUGGAAGCAGCUGAAGCUGUGCGGCAAUCGUCGACAGUGUUGACUACUGCGAGUAUUCGAGAAGACGAGGAAGAAGAUGAGCAUAAACGUUCAGGACGCUGGGAUGUUUCUACUGUAGGUGGUAGCUGCAGUUUUGGAGCAGGUGACUAUGACGAUGUGGAUGGAGAAAAUGUGGCAGCCUCGCCGGGAUCUUGCCGAGGAGGUAUAAGUGAAAAGGAUCGACAGUCUCGCGUAGCUACAGCUUCUCAUGAAGUGAACUCCAGCUCGCGUUUUGCGAGUACAGCACCGUCGGUGACGAUGCGGCAGUCACGUAGCGGCAACCUGGAAGUGAUGGAGACUGCUUUCGCUAGUGCGAGUUCUGGGCACGGGGCUCUGCGUCGGUCGUCUUCGUCACGACUGGCGCGAAGUCGACGCGCUUCAUCUAGCGGUGGUGGGUUAUCAGCGGGUACAAGUCCAAAACUUAGUCCGCAAAUGAGUCCGCUAAUACUGCCUAGUCCAAGCCCAAGAAUCAACCCCUUCAAGCAAUUAUUAGAGUCACCUCCAGGUGCCGCAGCACUUCAGCAGCACCAGCUUUCUCUUUCUGGGUUAUCUCGAACUACUACUCCUGCUAUUGUUCAACCGACCAGCACCAAUGCGAUAAUGACCACAAAGCAGAAGAGCGUUGGUGGUUUCAGCCAUACACUGGAAAAUAGUGAGGAAUAUGUGCUGGUAGAUGGCUCAACAGAAAAAAACAUUUCCGGUGGACUCACUUUUCGUCCCGGCGUGCUUCGCACAGUGGCACGGGAGGCAGUGAGCGUGUUGCCUAACGUAGGAGAUGUGGCAGCAAGAGCGUUACCUUCUGCUUGCGCUAACAACUUCCUUGCUGAAAUUACGUUUCGUGAGCGUGGCCAGCAGCUUAUCGACAUUGCAGUGCUGCGAACUCAAGCGAUUGCACCUAUCGCUGACCAGCUCUGGGCACUAAGUGCCGCCAGCGAUACAGCGUCAGGUUCAGGGACUGGAAGUACUGGUGAACCGGUAGUGGAAGACUGGUCACCUCAACAGACAACUGCUGAACAUACGUCCUCAUUAAUGUCAGACGGAAAGCGUGCUAGCGGCGACAACUUUUCGUCCGUGUUCUCGAUGGGUUCAUCGCUGACGUCAUUGGACGAGAUAAGUAAUGCACUUGUUGAUGAUGAAGAAGGAGAUGAUGAGGACGAUGACGAAAAGCGUAACGCUGAACACCGCUAUGUGUGCGCUGCGGAGGCGCUUGUGCUCUACGUCAAAUGUCUUCGCCUCAUACAGAACGUUGUGCUGUAUUUGCGUCAAGAUGCAUUUGUACCGUGUGGAGCUUCGACGGGAUCUUCGGGGUCAUUUAGGGCUUCAGCGGGAUGGAGUGAAACAAGUCGGAAGGUAUCUAUGGCGUUUCUGUCCGAACAACUUACUCAUUUCCUUUGUCGUGCCGAAAAGUGCAAGACACAAAUGAAUAAUGCACGCCUCCGGGCUCCCUCUUGCCCUGUGGCGUCGCAUGAAGAAUUGCUGUACGCUCACGCUCUUCGAAUUGGACGACAGGGCGCCAUCCGUGAAGUGUUAGGGCAUACUCGAGCUGCAAAUGACCAUUAUCUGCAGGCACUACUUCUGCUAGAAAGUUUGCUUGUGGAUACACCUGGUGCAAGCAUCGAAGUACUAGCCGUGGAUGAUCAAAAGAAUGUAAACAAUCUUUUACACGCGUUUGAACAGCGUUUGAAGAGCGUUCGCACUUUACUCGAGGACGGAGCGGACUCCGAUACGAGUGAGAGCCACCACCGGCGAACGCAACAUCCACCUCAGUCUCAACACUGGAUCACUUCCCACCGUUCUGCUACCGCGCCCGUGCUGUGA